AUGACAGCGCAAGUGCCCAAGGAGGCUCAACCCGUGCCGGAAGUUGACAUUCUCUUCCUCGGCAGCCCCGGCGUAGGCAAAGCCACCUUCCUGUCACAGCUGGAACACAUCCGCGAUGGCAAGCUCAACCCGCCCGCGCCACCGCACAGGCGAGUCUUCGCCCCGGUCGGGCCGGUGACCUUCGACGUCACCCUGUAUCGUCGGCCGUACCAGUUCCGCAUCCACCCGUCGACGUCGCCGCUGUUCAUCGACCCGUUUCCCCCCAACCCGGCCUUCGCCAUCAUCGCCUUCUCCAUCUCGUCCCGCGACUCCCUGUACAACGCGCAGCACUACUGGCGCCACCAGCUGUCCCUGCACUACCAUGACCUCGAGCACACCAUGCCCGUCAUGCUGCUGGGCCUGAAGCGGGACGAGCGCACCGAGGAGAGGCGCGAGGACGGGUCCUACGAGUGCGUCAUGCCGCAGGAAGCGCUGCGCGUCGCCCAAGAGAUGUAUUGUGAUCGCUACGCCGAGUGCAGCGCCGUGACGGGCGAGUUGAUGUGGGAGGUCCUGGAAGACAUUACCCGGACCGCAGCGAAAACGACGACAAAGGAGGGUGGUGGACUGAGCGGGACGAAUACUUGUUCUGUGAUGUGA